CAAGAACUGCUUAUCAUCAUCAUCAUCAUCAUCAUAUCUCCCCACCAACAAAAUGGAAGCAAAACCUCUAGAUUUAGAAAACCCUGAUUCUGAAACACCAUCAGAAGACCUCUCCAUUGCUCCCUUUACCUCCAUCACUCUCUCUCUUUCCACUCUCCUCCCCAUCCACUUCAUUUCCCCACCAAAAUUCUCACCUAAAAUUGUCAAAAUCCCUAAUCAAAUCUCUUCUCUGUGCAAUCUCUCUCUCUCCAACACCCUCUCUCCCACCAAACCAUUCUUCAAAUCAACCGUCUCCGCGAAUCCUCUUCAAAACCCAUUAUCUUUAAACCCUCGCCGCCCUUCUGACCCCUCCAAUGCCGCCGGUCUACGUCGUGCUUCUGUAGUCUGGUUCCGUAACGACCUUCGUGUUCACGACAAUGAAUCUUUAUCUUCUGCUAACAAUGAAUCAAUGUCAGUUUUACCAGUUUACUGUUUCGACCCUAGAGACUACGGGAAAUCUUCAUCCGGGUUCGAUAAAACCGGACCUUACCGGGCAUCCUUCUUGAUUGAGUCGGUUUCCAWUUUGAGAAAGAAUCUUCAGGCAAGAGGGUCGGACCUUAUAGUCCGUAUUGGAAAACCUGAAACGGUUUUAGCUGAAUUAGUGAACGAAGUUGGGGCAGAGRCUGUGUAUGCACAUAGAGAAGUGUCUCAUGAUGAGGUUAAGGGUGAAGAGAAGAUUGAUACAAAGUUGAAAGAUGAAGGAGUGGAGGUUAAAUACUUCUGGGGAAGCACUUUGUACCAUAUUGAUGAUUUGCCAUUCAAGUUGGAAGAAAUGCCCACUAAUUAUGGUGGGUUCAGGGAGAAAGUGCAAGGCUUAAAGAUCAGGAAGACCAUAGAUGCACUUGAUCAGCUGCGAGGAUUGCCAACCGGCGGUGAUGUGGAGCCCGGUGACAUUCCUUCUUUGGUUGAUUUGGGUCUUAACCCUACUGCUACCAUGACUCAGGCAAAAGCAASUGCUAAUGCUUCACUUGUUGGAGGGGAGAGUGAAGCACUGGAGAGGCUUAGAAAGUUUGCUGCUGAAUGCCAAUCACAACCUCAUAAAGAUGGAAGUAGUGAUAGCAGCAUGUAUGGCGCCAAUUUCUCUUGCAAAAUCUCUCCAUGGCUCGCAAUGGGAUGCCUUUCUCCUCGAUCCAUGUUUGAUGAGUUGAAGAAAUCUGCUUCUAGAACCAUUUCUGCUGCUGCUGCAAACCGGAAAGAUGGUGGUGAUACUGGGAUGAACUGGUUGAUGUAUGAGCUUCUAUGGAGGGAUUUCUUCAGAUUCAUCACCAAGAAAUACAGUUCUGCAAAACAMCACAAUGGUGCUCCAGUCACUGCUUGUACUGGUGUGGUUGCAUGAGGGGUUUAUGUUUCAAGACUUAAUGGCAAAGGGAGAAAUAUAUCGUUUCUUUGAUCAACGAUAUCCUAUAACCCGAGAUAAUUCUAUCAAAAAUGAUAUGUUUCUUCAAAGUAUGUUUUUUGUUUUCAUUAGAAUGGUGAUAUAUUUGGCAUGCUUUCUAAAAGCAGUGCUUCACAUUAUUUGGGUGAGAUUUUGAAUGGCAAAUCAUGUGUUGUAGAUUGCAAUCUGUUCAUGUGUUUCC